AUCCUCCUUUCUCCAUCCGUCAUUUCCUGAAGAGGCAGCACUAUAGUUGUAGUUCCGUACUAACACUGUAACGCUGUCAUCGAGUUUGAACACUGCCACUGUUGCUGGGGCUGGUAAAACAGAUAGGUUAUUACCUUGUUGCUUUCUCGAAAAACGUAAUGCGCUCUUUCGUACGUAACUAACAGCUGUCGCUUACUGUUCAUGACGGGAGGGUACACAGGGUAUCGAGUUAAGAGAAAUCAACUUCAAAUCAAACUCCGACCUCUGCAAGGAACUCUUUAUGUAAUAUCUUCCCAGCAUGGAGGCCCAUGGUUCAGCACGACUGCUGUCCCGGAAGAGAAAAAGAGAGGAGUCAAAUGGCGAGGCAGAGGAGGGGGAGCGGCAAGGCAAGAUCAAGCGAUGCACUGUGGCUUUGAGAGACCCAGCACCAUAUGCAGAUCAACUUGAGUCGAUGGAGAACCAGCCUUAUGAGCGUGUGAGCAUGGAAGAGGCUCUCAAAGGGACUGCACCGGACAGACCAGUGCGAGUGUAUGCUGAUGGGAUCUUUGACAUGUUUCACUCUGGCCAUGCGCGAGCCCUAAUGCAGGCCAAAGGACUGUUCCCAAACACACACCUCAUCGUUGGUGUGUGCAGCGAUGAGCUCACACACAAGCUGAAGGGCUUCACCGUCAUGAAUGAGGAUGAGCGCUACGAUGCUAUCAGCCACUGCCGCUACGUUGACGAGGUCGUCCGGAACGCACCCUGGACACUCACACCUGAGUUUCUGACCAAGCAUCGGAUUGACUUUGUGGCCCAUGAUGACAUCCCAUACUCCUCAGCAGGAAGUGAUGAUGUUUACAAACACAUCAAAGAAGCUGGAAUGUUUGCCCCAACCCAGCGGACAGAGGGCAUUUCCACCUCUGAUAUCAUCACGAGGAUUGUCCGUGACUAUGACGUUUAUGUGCGCCGCAACCUACAGCGUGGAUACACUGCGAAGGAGCUGAAUGUCAGCUUCAUCAAUGAGAAGAAGUACCACUUGCAGGAGAGAGUGGACAAAGUGAAGAAGAAAGUGCGCGAUGUGGAGGAGAAGAGCAAGGAGUUUGUGCAGAAGGUGGAGGAGAAGAGCAUCGACCUCAUUCAGAAGUGGGAGGAGAAGUCCCGGGAGUUCAUCGGCAACUUUCUGCAGAUGUUCGGUCCAGAGGGUGCCCUGAAGCACAUGCUGAAGGAGGGGAAGGGUCGUAUGCUACAGGCCAUCAGCCCGCGGCAGAGCCCCAGCAGCAGCCCGGCGCGCGAGCGUUCCCCCUCGCCCACCUUCCGCCUGCCCUUCUUCACCAAGACCUCACCAUCCUCCUCCCCCCACUCCCUGCAUGGCAGCGUCUCCCACGGUUACCAGUUUGGGGCGCGAGGACAGGCCAUCAGCGAAGAUGACGACGAUGACGAUGAUGAUGACGAGUAGGGCGAGCAUCCGCCAUUCCCACUCUCGCUCACUCACACAACUGUUUUAGCUGCUGACUGCAACAACCUCACACCCCUCAUCAUCAGCAUUUUAUACCCCACCUGUAUUUGUUCCCUUGUCUUUCAUAUCACGUUCAUAUUCACGUUGAUUCUCCCUAGUUCAUGGACAUUAGUCUUGCAGAAACAAACACACUAAAACACAUAGAUUGUUAUUUAAUUGGGGUUUUGUGUUGAGCAAUCUGGAUCAAGUUGACAGGGGACAGUAUCCCAACAGCUUUGUUUUACUUCUCAAUCUUAAUGUAUACACUCAGUUUCAACACUUGUAGCAUAGAAAAGAGUUGGGGAAGAUUGUAUUAUCGACAGCCUUGCAUAGGGCUACAACUACACAGUCCUCGUGCUCUCUAAUUUCAGUAUUUGCGAGGUGAAAAUGCUCUUUAUAUCACAGAAUUAAUAGGUUAAACUUUUAUUAUACUAAUAGUAGUGUAACCAAUAUUUAAGUUUCACAAAAGAUCAUGAAGAUACACAAAUGUAAAGCACUAACCCUCUGAUUUCAUCUGCAUGUUGCUCAUGCAGAGAAGAUGAGCUGUGGGUGGUCAAGUCGUAUGUGUAGUCGUAUAUGUACUCAGGUGCAGAAUGCGGCUUUCCACCGUCUGCACACUGCUCUUGUUGGAGGUCAUCGUUGUCUGAGCACAGUCCAUGGCUCCACUUCAUCGUUGUCUGAGCACAGUCAAGCUCCUAGUGACCCCAAGAAUUACUUAGCACUGUGAACGUUUGUUUACCUUUGUGAAAAGAUGCCAGUGGUUCAACUGUACUGAUUCCACAGCAGUCACUUUAUUUUUCCUUGUGUUUGACAGCUGUAUGUUAUUUUACUUUGAACACAAUUUUAAUUUUUCUUUAACUUAAGGUGACUUUAAGGUGAAUCACUCCAUGGUCAGUUUGGGAGACCUGAACAAGUGUAUGAACAGCUAAAAUAGGCAUUUUGUUUGUGUUUUAUGAAGGAAAUGUGAUUUUCUGAUUUCGUGUUUAAAAUCAAGUAGAUUAAAAAUAGAAGAAUUUAAAUUAUCCUACCACUGUUAAUCAAUGACUAUAUUGUUUGAAGUACAUUUUAUUAUUUUCUUCAGGAGAACUGUGAAAUGUUACUGAAAGCACAGCGACCCUUGAGGCAUUUAGCAAAGGUGUGCCUGAUUGUUACUGCAAGUAUUUUAUUCCUUUAAGUCUUUCCUUAAAACUUAUUGAUGGCGUUUUGUUUCUCUAUAAAAUCAUGAGCUGUGUAAAGUUCACAACAGCCUGUUAGUUACAUAGAUUCACCUCUGCCUUUGAUAAGGAACACCAAUAUUGACACAGACUAUAUAUCUGUAUCAAGACUGUCAUGCAGGCCUUUUUGUUAUUUUACCCUUGGCUUGUGAAUGUACAGUACAUCACGGAAGGGCAAAAGAAUCACCUAAAUGAAAAUAAAUCUCCUAAACACAAA